AUGCAAUCUGAUUUGAAUGAAAAGGAAAUAGCGGAAAAAGAAAAUGAAAAAAAAACAGCAGCUAAAGCUGAAGUCAGUCAGUUGGGAAAAUUUUAUGAAGCAACAAUAUCCAUGUCUGUAGAGAAUUUAAAUGUUUCACUGGAAAUUCAAAAGAAUUUUUCUUAUUCAUCUUUGUCUACUAUCUGGAAUUUAUUAAAGCGGGAUGAAGAAUUAAAGUAUCACAAAAUUUUAAGAAAAUGGAAGAUGAGAAACAGAAAAGGAGAAGGAAACUUAAAAUAUUUCAAAGCUCACAGCAAUAUUUAUGUUAGUACCAUAAAUCAAUCUUCUCAGAAAUGUUAA